CGCUUGCGCAGUGGCCUGAGGCGGCCCAGGCCCGCCUUUCGCAGGGUGUCGCAGCUGUGCCUCCAGCGGUGCCCCGCCUGCUGCGGUGGCCCCAGCCAGGGGGCGGAGUGGAAGUGGUCGUGGGGCGGGUAUGGGACUAGCCGGCGUGUGCACCCUGAGACGCUCAGCGGGCUAUAUACUCGUCGGUGGGGCAGCCGGUCAGUCUGUGGCAGCGGCAGCGGCAGCAAGACGGUGGAGUGAAAGAGGGUGGGCGUCUGGCGGGGUCCGCAGUUUCAGCAGAGCCGCUGCAGCCAUGGCCCCGAUCAAGGUGGGAGAUGCCAUCCCAGCAGUGGAGGUGUUUGAAGGCGAGCCAGGAAACAAGGUGAACCUGGCAGAGCUGUUCAAGGGCAAGAAGGGUGUGCUGUUUGGAGUUCCCGGGGCUUUCACCCCUGGAUGUUCCAAGACCCACCUGCCAGGGUUUGUGGAGCAGGCUGAGGCUCUGAAGGCCAAGGGAGUCCAGGUGGUGGCCUGUCUGAGUGUUAAUGAUGCCUUUGUGACUGGCGAGUGGGGCCGAGCCCACAAGGCGGAAGGCAAGGUUCGGCUCCUGGCUGAUCCCACUGGGGCCUUUGGGAAGGAGACAGACUUAUUACUAGAUGAUUCGCUGGUGUCCAUCUUUGGGAAUCGACGUCUCAAGAGGUUCUCCAUGGUGGUACAGGAUGGCAUAGUGAAGUCCCUGAAUGUGGAACCAGAUGGCACAGGCCUCACCUGCAGCCUGGCACCCAACAUCAUCUCACAGCUCUGAGGCCCUAGGCCAGAUCACUUCCUCCACCCCUCCCUAUCUCACCUGCCCAGCCCUGUGCCAGGGCCCUGCAAUUGGAAUGUUGGCCAGAUUUCUACAAUAAACACUUGUGGUUUGUGUCCA